GCGCGCACCUAGCUGCUGACCACCACCAACACGCGCGCGGUCAGGACAGGAGGACAAUGGCGGGCAGCGAGUCGUCAAUGGAGUACCAGCUGAAGAAGUACCUACUGCUGCUGGCCACGCUGGUUGCGACGGUGACCUACGCGGCGGGACUGAACCCGCCGGGGGGCUCGUGGCUGGAGGACGACAGAGCGGCGGGAGAGCUGGCCGGCGACUCCAUCCUCCGGGACACUAACUACGUGCGCUACAUCAUCUUCUACUGCUUCAACGCCGUCUCCUUCGCCGCGUCGCUCGUGGUCAGCCUGCUCCUCCUGCUGCUGCACAGGGACGCCGCGGCGAGCCUGCUCAAGCUCACGCGGGCGGUGAUGGUCGUCGACCUGCUCGCCCUCAUGGGCGCCUACGCCGCCGGCACCAGCCACGACCGGUUCACCACCGUCUGCGCCUCCGUCCUCGUCAUCGCCACCGCCGUCUACGUGAUCGUCGCCGUCCCGAGGUUCAGCAUCAGCACCAGCGCCAGCGCCCAAACGGAACAGCCGCAGCCACCGUCGCCCGGCGACCUGGAGAAGCACGAGAUCCUGAUGGUGCUCGCCGUCUUCGUCGCCACCGUCGCCUACGUCGCCGGGCUCAACCCGCCCGGGGGAUUCUGGCGGACCACCCUGCUGGACGCCAACGGCCGACUCCGCCACACCGCCGGCGACCCGGUGCUCCAGGCGCUCCACCCCAUCCGCUACAAGUUCUUCUUCUUCAGCAACUCCACCGCCUUCAUCGCGUCCCUGCUGGCCAUCACCUUCACCGUGCACUACGAGAAGCUCAAGCUCAAGUCCAUCAGGGUCCCCCUCUAUGGCCUCGUCGUCGUGGCCAUCUUGGGCAUCGGGGGCGCCUACGCCGCCGGCAGCUGCAGGGACAGCAAGCACACCAUCUACGUUCUCUGCCUAGUCGUCGCAGUCCUUCUCUGCAUCUUCCUCCAGUGGUUUCUUGUGGGCUCCGCUUUCCAGCUUCCUUGCUAUGGCACUGGUCCAACUACCAGGAAGGGUAGUGGCAAAGGUAUAGACGACGACGAUGAUCUGGACAAGAUUCGUGAAUUCAUUCAGCUGCUUGUCAUUCUUGCGGCGACCGUUGCCUACCAAGCCGGUGUCGAUCCGCCAGGGGGCGUCUGGGCAGAGAACGGGGAAGGCCACAGCGCAGGGGACCCAAUAUUCCUGACGACGCAUCCAGGGCGGUUCAAGGUCUUCUUCUACUUCAACUCGGCGGCCUUCGUGGCAUCCCUGGUCAUCAUGGUGAUGCUGCAGAACGAGUUCCUCGUCAGGCGCCACGCGCUGGAGGCGGUGAUGAUACUGGAUCUGUUUUGCCUCAUAGGCGCGUACGCUGCCGGGAGCUGCAGGGACACCAGCACCUCCAUCUACAUGCUCGCCAUGGCUGGCGGUGUCCUUGUCUACGUGGUCAUCCACAUCGUCUUCUUCACGCUAGACCCCAACAGAGAAAAGGAUAACAACAAGGCCGAUGAUGAAGGAAACGCCACGAACAGUGAGCAAGAGAAGAAGAGAAAGAAGGAUCGGCUAGAGAAGAAGCGUGAGGUGCUGCUGCUCCUUGCGAUCCUGGCUGCGACACUGACCUACCAGGCCGGGCUGACCCCGCCCGGCGGCUUGUGGGAGAACGACAGGUUUGGGCACCGCGCCGGCUUCCCCGUCCUCCAGGACAAGUACCCUCGCCGCUACAAGGCAUUCCUCUACUGCAACACGGCGAGCUUCAUGGCAUCCGUGGCCCUCAUCGUGCUCCUUCUCAACCCUAACCUGUACGGGCCAGGCAUCAAUUGCUACGCGCUCUUUGUCUGCAUGGUGGCGGGCAUGUUCAGCCUCAUCGGCGCCUACGCUGCUGGAAGCUCCCUGCACCUGCGGACCUCCAUCGUCCUCUUACUGCUGGUUCUUGCGGUUUUUGCGGCCGUGUUAUACGUGACCAUCAAGCACCGUCGUCACGCCAGGGAAAACAAAGAUUCAUCAUCACCUGCUGAUCGUCAAGAACAAAAACCCAGGAAACCCUCGGGAGCGGCGGCCAUGUACCUGAUGCUGGUAGGAAUACUGGCCGCGAGCGUCACCUACCUGACGGGCCUGAAGCCGCCCGGUGGCCUGUGGAUGGAGGACGACGGCGACGGGCACUCCGCUGGGAACCCGGUGCUCUACGACAUCGACAAGCACCGGUACAACGCCUUCUUCUACAACAACUCCGUCUCUUUCAUGGCCUCCGUCACUGUCAUCGUGCUGCUGCUUCCGAGGAUGCUGCGCGACAAUGACGACGAGAGGAACAAGCGGCCCCUUUGGCCGAUGCACACUGCCAUGUUCCUCGGCAUGCUCGCGCUCCUCGGAGCCUACGCGGCUGGCAGCGCUCGGGACUGGUGCACGUCCAAGAACGUCAUCCUGCUCCUCCUGCCUAUAGUGGGCUUCGUUGCACUCCUCUUCUUCUGGAAGAAAGGGAAAGCAAGUGAGGGCACCCAGCAUGGCCAGAGUGCACGCCUACCUAGCAGUACAUGACUUGAAGCAAACACAACAGACGUGCCACAACUUUUGUUUCUGUAGGAGUCAUCAGUUUGCUCCAAUAUGCCAAUUUGUAUUAAUUCCUUAUUAUUGCUGCGUAUAUAUCUCACAAUACUGAAUACAGAACUUAAUUUGCAUAUCUUAUUAUAUGUACCAAAACAUCACAUAUAUAUCAAGUUAUAUAUUUGUUGAUAUA